AUGGUUAAGUGGACUGAGCAGGAGCGCACCAGCAUCACCAGCAUCUUCUCCAGCCUGGACUAUGACGAUAUCGGACCCAAAGCCCUGAGCAGGUGUCUGAUCGUCUACCCCUGGACCCAGAGGUACUUCGGCUCCUUCGGCAACCUCUACAACGCCGAGGCCAUCAAGACCAACCCGGCCAUCGCGGCCCACGGGAUCAAGGUGCUGCACGGCCUGGACCGCGCAGUCAAGAACAUGGACGACAUCAAGGGCACGUACGCCGAGCUGAGCAUCCUGCACUCCGAGAAGCUGCACGUCGACCCCGACAACUUCAGGCUCCUGGCUGACUGCCUGACCAUCGUCAUCGCCGCCAAAAUGGGAAACGGCUUCACUCCUGACAUCCAGUCCGCGUUCCAGAAGUUCCUGGCCGUGGUGGUGUCCGCUCUGGGAAGGCAGUACCACUAA